AUGGGUGCGGUUGUGUCGAAAAAGAAAUCCAGCUCCAAAUCAUUCCGUUCAGGACACCGUCGUCCAAAGCAGCAAUCACCCACAUUGAGCCAUCAAAGCUCUUGCCUGUACAAAAACAAGGCCAGCAAUGUGUCCACUUCAUCCUCUCAUGGCUCAUCAUACCUACAGCAGCCACAAGCAUUGUUUGAUAAACACUCACUGCAGCCAUACUCUCACAAUGGCACCAUCACAUCUACAGCGGCAUCUUCAUGCAGGACAUCGGUAGUUGCUCCAAACAUCUUCAAGGUAGAGAGCCCUUCAGACAACGUAAAUCACACAAACAGUUUCUUUUUACCGGAUGAUUGGGACACCGAGGAAUUUCAACACAACCUACACUUUUCUCUCAAAAAACUGUUUAGUGGAAAUGUUACACCGGCAGUGGUACCAGUGCUAAAAAAGGGUGCGCAUGUCAUUCAAAUGGGAACAUGCUCUGGCGCUUGGAUAAUGGACAUGGCCACACAUUAUCCAGGCUGUAAAUUUACGGCUGUUGAAUUAGCCUCAGAGCAGAUCCAGGUCCUUCCUGAGCUACCCAACAUCACAUGUGAACGAGGAGACGUAUUAGAAAGAGGCUUUGUCUCUGUUGAAAAUGAAUCUGUCGAUUAUAUCCACCUAAGAUCUGUUGGCUCUCUAGUGAAAAGACAUUGCUGGACAAAGAUAUUUGCAGAAGUUCACCGAAUCUUGAAGCCUGACGGUGUCAUUCGAAUCGAAGAGAUGCAUCAUUCGCCAGCUGGAACAGUGAUGAUUGAAUCCUUUAUUGAAACACUGAAGGAAAUCUUUCACGAUAUGGAUCAAGACCCCGAGAUUGCACUCAAAUAUGGAAAUAUGCUCCAAACAGAGGGUUUCCAAGUGAUUGAGAGCCAAAAGAGACGAGUUCACUAUGCAAGCGAUGGCAAACUGAGCCAGGAGUUUGUAUCUGCUAUUCUAAACUUGUACGAACAAAAGAGCUCGCUGAUUGCACCUCGACUUGGCUUAGACUUGGAAGAUUAUAGACACCGUAUAGAGCAAAUCUGCUCAGAGUGCGUCAAGGUGAAUGCCUAUUUAGAAUGGUACUCUUGGGUCGGCAAAAAGCAAACCAAAAAAGUGUAA